CUUGGUGCAGGACAAGUACGGACAGGCUGCCUCGAUAUUAGAGCAAGUGGAACUUUGAACCAUAACCUCUUCAUAUUCUGAAACAAUAAUGCUGCUUCUAGGCAAUCACAAAGCAAACAACCUCCGAGGAGGGGAAUGGACAAAACCUGGAUUUCAAGUUACACAAGACAUUCAAUUCGGCUGAAUAAGGAAGUUGAAGGACAAAUCCCGAAGUUACCCUUCAACAAGACGGUUCGGCUGAAUAAGGAAGUCUCCCUUCAAUUGUUUUUAUCGUUUCGCAGCGGUGGUGAGUGGAGACCGAGUCGCUCAAGAAAAUGGAAUAAAAUAGUCUACCCAUUUUUUUUAACUGCAUGUUUUACGAUAACUUCUGCCACCGCGUAAGGGCUCCGGAGUGAUCUUAUAUAGGGGAUAGUCUAGUCUAGUGUAACACUGUCUUUCUCAUAGACUGGAGACUUUGAAGAAUUACUCGUUUUUUUGUUUGUUCAUAUAUUAAAGAAGUCUAGGAAUCUAGUAUUAUUUAUAUACUACAUUUCUAUCAUUGGCUUCCCAGGUAAAUGGCUGCUUAUCUUGACGAUAAGCGCCAAGACCAGUAUAAUAAGGAAAAGGCAAAAAUGAUCGAUAAACAGAUUGAAAAAGAUAAAAAGAUUUACCUAAGAACUAAACGGCUACUAGUAUUAGGAGCAGAUGAAUCUGGGAAAAAAACGAUAGUCGAACAGAUGAGAUAUUUGAAUGUAGAAUGCCCCGAAGAGGCGAAAACGCGUUUUCAAAUAUCAAAACAACAAUGUUUAGAGACACAUUGCCAACAGGACGGUAUCUUUUGCCAUUUGUUUAGUGUUAAAGGUCAAAGGAAAGAAAGCAUGAGGAAGUGGUUACAGCAUGUUUCUGAUGUUACUGCCAUUAUUUUUGUGGUGGACAGCAGCAGCUACGAUAUGGUGAGCCGGGAAGACAACGUGACCAACAGGCUUCAUGAGGCACUACACCUGUUCAAGAUCAUCUGGAACUACAGGUGGCUGUUAGGCAGUGCCGUCUUCCUCUUCCUGAACAAACAGGACCUUCUAGCUGAGAAGGUUUUGGCUGGGAAAUCUAAAAUUGAGGACUAUUUCCCAGAGUUUGCGCACUAUACUACACCUCAAACAUCAGAACCAGGGGAGGAUCCUCGUGUCUCCAGGGCACAACACUUCAUACUAGAGGAGUUUCUGAAGAUCACUACAGCCAGUGGAGGUGAAAGGAUCUGUUUGUUCCAUUUCACAUGUGCAGUUGACCUGGAAAGCCUCCGGCGCACAGUCUUCAGAGAGUGUCUUCGAAGAGUGUGAAUUUUCAUUGUUGGCAUAAAGACUGUAAAGAAUGUUUACUAGUUCAAAGCAGAGACUUCUAUUUACAAGACUCAAGUGAGCACACAAAAUAUGUAUUUUCAAUGUAUUUUCAACAUCUUUUACUCAUGAGUGCAAAAUCUGUCUCGCCAAUGUUUGUCUGAGCCCUGCUUAAAGGAUGUAUAGUCUUAGGCCUAUUUUUGAAUUUUUUAAAUAAUUUGUUAAAUCCAUUUUAUUUUUAGUUUCGAACCAUUUUGAAAUGUUGAUUCAAUGGCACACAUUGGCCCCUUUUUAUUUAUUUAUAGAAAGACCCAUAUACAGUAAGGGUCUUGGGGAGCCGGAGUAGCUUCCCAGGCAAGAGGGUCCGAGGCACUCUCUGACUGGAGACAGUGGCGACAUUUUGAAACUUCCGGAUCUGGUGUUGUAUGCCUUUUUGUUUACAAAUGCUAGCUAGCUACAUACAUACAUGCAUACAUACAUACAUACAUACAUACAUACAUACAUAC